GGAGUCGAAGCACAUCUAGCAAGCCCGACCACCACCACCUCACCUGGAUCUUUUUCGAGGAGAACUCCACCAACCUAUUACCGGAUUUGGAGUCAUCAAAAUCGAAUUACCCUACCCAUCAUGCGAUUCUCCGCAACGACCCUCCUGAUCACGGCGCUGGCGUGGUUCACCACCGUGACCGCACACAACAUCCAGCUCCGGGCUCACUCCCGCGAAUGCUUCCACGAGUCCUUGCACAAGGAUGACAAGAUGACUGUCUCCUUCCAGGUCGGCGACCGGGAAUUCGGAGGCAGUGGCAACCUGGAGAUCGACUUCUGGGUCGAGGACCCCCUUGGUAACCGUCAAUACUACAAGCACGCCAUCUCAUCGGAGGAUUACUCGUUCAACGCGCACUCGGACGGUAAAUACGUCUACUGCUUCAGCAACGAAGGAUGGGCCUCGAACUCCAAGGAAGUCUCUUUCAACGUUCACGGAAUUGUCUACGUCCCCGAAUCGGAAUUGGCACAGGAUCCCUUGGAGGCGGAAGUCCGCAAGCUGUCUGAGGCCCUGGCACAAGUUAAGGAUGAGCAGUCGUACAUUGUUGUGAGAGAGCGGGUUCACCGGAACACGGCCGAGAGCACCAACGCCCGUGUGAAGUGGUGGAGUAUCUUCCAGCUGGCUGUGCUGAUCGGAGAGGGUAUUUUCCAGGUGUGGUGGCUCAAGAGAUUCUUCGAGGUCAAGCGUGUUGUCUAGAGUGAUUAUCUUACGAGCGUGAUAAUUGUAAAGGGCAUUACAUUAUACCCUUGACAUUCUUCUUAUAACUGAAAUUAUGGAACUUUUCCCCUUUUUUUCCAACCCAAUUGAACAAAUAAAAUCAUCUGGAUGAUUCUUAUUACCUUGGGAUACACUAUCUAAAUGUACGAAGCAUGUAUACAGCCAAAAGUCUACCAGCGCAG